GUAUUCAAAUGAUAAGUCCCUACCUGCAGUAUGCUGAGAUGACAAUCAUCGAGAACUCCGAGUGUGAAGAGACAUUCCCAGGAGCGAUAAGUAAUCAUCAUAUUUGUUCCAAGGCAUCCAACGAAGCAAGUCCUUGUCCAGGCGACAGCGGCGGCCCCAUGCUGGUACAGGAGGAGGAUGGCGAGUGGACCGAGGUGGGUGUGACGAGCUUCGUCUCUGACGAGGGUUGCGUGUUCGGAUACCCGGCAGGCUACGCUCGAGUCACCACGUUUCUCGACUGGAUCAACGAGAACUCCAUUCCCGAAGGCCGCUGAGAACGAAAUACUAACCGUAUCUAACACUUUUU